AUGGAGGCACCCCCCCCUCCUCACCACCACCUCCCCCCCCACCCGACUCCACCCCCCGCUGCCUACCACCUGUACCCGGGCCGCCCCGCCCACAGAGGAGCGCACUACUACCACCCGCAACCUGCCCACUUGGCCCCGCCCCCAUUCUCCCCCCACUACCAGCACCACGCCCACUUCCACACUUAUGGAGGGGGGGCUCCCGGGGGCGGGGCCUCUGCCCCCGGCAGCAAGAAGAAGACGUGGAACUUCAUCCACGAGAAGAUGAGCUACGACACCUUCUUCACCAUGAAGCGCCUGAUCGAGCGCUCGCGGCGCCCGGACGAGGUUCUGCGCUGGGUCACGCAGAACCCGGCCAAGAUCUCCCACAACCACUACCCCGUGGCCCUGCAGAAGAUCGGACAGCUGCUGCAGGCCACGCCCACACCGCGGAGCGGCGCGGACGCCACAGAAGCCACGGCAGGAGCUGAGGGGGGAGACGAACGCCAGAUCCUGGAGCAUCAGGACUUCCAGACGCUCUGUGACGCCAUCGUCAACGACUGCGCCAAGUUUGACAACUUCAGCAUCGUCAACUGCUUGUACGCCGCGGCCGCACUGGGUCUCCCCAGUGACGCUCAGGUGGUCCACGUGUUGGAGGCGGAGUCUCAGUCCAGACUGAGCCAGUUUAACCAGAAGGACGUUUCCAUGGUGUUCAGCUCCAGUAUGAAGCUCCAUCCAGGAAGUCAACACCCGCUGACCGAGGCCUGCCUGGCCGGCCUGGAGAAGAACCUGGAGAGAGAGCGCCACCCGCAGACGCUCUUCUUGUUGCUCUCGUAUUACAGACUCAAGUGGCGCUCGCUGCAGCAGCAGGAGCCCACUGCUGCUGCAGGGGGCGCUGCAACCACCGCUGCUAAAACCAACAACACGCCCUCGAACCCGGAACUGCUGCUGACCAACAGGAAGAUCUUACGUCUUGUUAAACACACUUUGGCGAGUGUCAGCGGCGUUCGUGACCAAGAGAUGGCCCUGUUGGACGAGAUGUUGGCGGCGUGUGCUCGAGAGGCGAGCAACAAGAGCCUGGAGUUGAUCUUCAGUUCCCACCUGUUCUACCAGAACCGACAGGAGAAGUUCAUCAGCAGCCUGGCAGAGGAGCUCCCGAAGAAGGCCGACAGCAUCACGCCGUACACAAUGGCUCUGAUUGCCAAGUACAUCGCUCGCCAUCGACUGAGAGAGACCCGGCUGCUUGACACCAUCGCAGACUUCUUGGUGAAGAAGGCGGAGUACCUGGACAGCAAGGUGAUCCAGAAGCUGGUGUUCCCGUUCAGCAGGAUGAGCUACCGUCCGUCCAAUGAGCAGCAGUUCUUCUCCGGCUUGGAGGAGGUGUUGGAGCUGAAGGCUCUCAGCUCGCCGCUCGCCACCGUCAACAUCCUCAUGUCUCUGUUCCAGCUGGGUCACUUCCCCAGCCUGGUGCUGCACCGCGUCUUCUCCUCGGCCUUCAUCAGCAACGUCACCAACAGUCCCUAUGCGCUGAUAGUCCGGAGGUACCUGUCUCUGCUGGACGCCGCCAUCGAGCUGGAGUACCGCGACUACACCGGACCCCGCCUGCAGGAGGCGCACAAGGUCCUGAUGUUUGACCAUGCACUGACUGCUGAUGAGGUCAACCGCAAGUACAGUUAUAAAGGUCUGGUUGCUGAAGCUCUACGUCAGCUUGUUGGAGAACAAAACUACAAACAAGAUGAAGUGCUCCCCCCAGGGUACUACACAGACUUCGUGCUGUGGAUGGACGGUUCUGGUCGAGUUCUUCCCAUCAGACCCGGAGCGGCGCUGUCUGUGAGCCUGGUUCCUGCUUCCUGCGUCGCCAUGGCGUCUAAACCGGCUGACGGCUCGGUUGCCGUGGUUACUUCAGAGUUCCAGAGGUUUUCUCCGUUUGCGGUGCUAGAGGAAGGUGGCGAGCAGCAGUGUCACGUGGGCGAGGCGAUGGGCGGGGCCAUGGAACCCAUCUCCUUCCUGCCCCACCACAUCCGCAGCACAACGGGGGCGGCGCCACCCUCAGGAGCCCCCCGGCCCACCAACGGCGGCCCCUUGGACUACGGCCCCUACUUUGUCCCGGCAGCGGAGUACUACUCCAGUCUGGCUAAGGAGCACUCACUGGAGAGCCAGGACAGCUCCACGCUCAGCAGCCCCCCCUCUGAUGGACAGGCCCCGCCUGGGGCUCCGGAGCCUGUGGAGGCCCCGCCCCCGGACUCUCUCUUCCAGUUCUCCAUCGGGAAGAUCCUGGAGGACGAGGGCGGAACCGGGGCCCCUGAGAGCCAGGCUACAGACUGUGCGUUGCCAGGGUUCUAUGAGGGCGUGACGUACGAGGUGUCGGGGGCCGACAGAGGGCCCUCCCCCCCGCCACAGCUCCACCCCCCUGAUCCACCGGAGCUUGAUAACCCCCCGACCGACCAGAGACCAAUCAGGAGGGUCAUCAUGUCCGUCAAUGACAAGUGGCAUUACUGUCACAACUCUGAGGUGCUGGUUGGUUCCCGGGCGAUGAGAGACCGCCACCUGAGGCUGCUGGGAUACGUCAUCGUCCAGCUUCCGUAUCACGAGCUGGAGAAGCUGAGCGGCAUCGAGGAGGUGAAGACCUACCUGCACCAGAAGCUGCUGGACGUCCCACUAUGACUGUGUGUGUGUGUGUGUGUGUGCGUGUGUUCUAAUGAUAAUUGUAUCCAUGAUUAUUAGUUAUUGAUUAAUCUUUAUUGAUCACAGAGUCUAUGAUAUAUCAAUAAAAUAAAUUGAUAAUUUACAGCUACACUGAGCAGCGUUGAAAGGAGCACGCCACUUUUUUCAGAACACGUUCCAAAUCCAUCACAACAGCCAAUGGGAACGUCUCAUUUAUUAUCAAGUUCAUUAAUUAUACAUUGGUUCUUAAUGCGAUUCACCGACGUUCUGUAUCGAAUGUAAACGGCAGAUUUGACAGAAACCAGAACGAGUCAAACUGUUAGAAAACUGUCACGUUGGGUUCAGGGAGGUUUACUGCUGAGGUCACGCUGCGCUCUGAUUGGACGCUGUGUGAAUGAACAAAUGUUAUUUUUUUCCGGGUGGGGGGGUCAGUGUGUGGUACCCGUGGUAACGAUGAUGACGCUGCAUGUUUUGGACGAUGGCGCGGGGAGUGGAUGCUUUUUUCCUGUGAAGAGGGUGAGUGUGUGUUUUAGUGUCGGGGUCAAAGCUCAGAUUAUUUAUUUGUGUUUGAGGAAAAGAAGCUUGUUUAUAUUCUAUAAAUCUCUGAAAUCAAACGUCUAUAAAACCUGAAACUAA